UUUUGAAAGGUACAAUUUUGUUGAAAUAAAAUGGCCCAAGUGCUUAGACAAUUGCAAAACGUUGUCACUGCCCAAGGCAAGUUGCAUCCCAUGGUCAAGGGGGCAGUGACCUAUGCGCUACUGUGGCCCACGGGCAGCCUGAUUCAGCAAACUCUCGAAGGACGCAAUCUGAAGAAUUACGAUUGGGCGCGUGCCCUGCGCUUCAGUCUCUUCGGUGGUCUCUAUGUGGCGCCCACACUCUAUGGCUGGGUGCGCCUCUCCAGCGCCAUGUGGCCACAGACCAGUCUGCGUGUUGGCAUCGUCAAGGCGCUAACCGAACAAAUCUCUUAUGGACCCUUUGCCUGCAUCUCAUUCUUCAUGGGCAUGAGUCUGCUGGAGCGCAAGAGUUUCGCUGAGGCUGUUGAGGAGACCAAACAGAAGGCAUUGCCCACAUACAAGGUUGGCAUCUGUGUUUGGCCCUUCAUUCAGACGCUGAACUUCUCGCUGGUGCCAGAGCACAAUCGUGUCGUCUUUGUCAGCAUUUGCAGCCUGAUGUGGAUCAUCUUUUUGGCAUACACAAAGACGCGUCAGUUGAGUCACGAUGAAGACACUGUGAAUGCGGAUGCAGUUGCUCCCAUUAUUCAGGCUGCAUAAGUUGCGCUCUGUUGUUGUCU